CCUAAACAUCCAAUGAUGGCAUCAGACGGAACCUCUCCAUUACCAGGACCAGAUAUGGCCAUGAAGCCUGAUGCUGGCCCAUCCCCUUUCACUGUGCUCCCCUUUGCCCCACCUACUGCUGUCCCACCAGACCAACCCCUCUGGAAGCCAUCUCCACAGCCCCCCAUACCUCCUGCAUUCUCUCCAGGCAAUCCUUUGCUCCUUUCUGCUUUCCCUAGCCCAUUGUUGGUGACAGGAGGAGACUCUGGCCCCAGUGUGGCCGGAACUGGCCAGGUCAUUGUCAAAGUCAAAGCAGAAGUAGGGCCAGCUGAACCCUCUCAAACUCAGAACCUUAUUGUUACUCAGACAGCCCUAAACUGGAUUAAUUUAGGUGUUCCCUGUGGGGGCCAAGAGGGGCCUCCUCCUCCUCCUCCUCUUCCUCCUCCUCCUGUCCUUCCUCCUCCUCCUGUUCCUCCUCCUCCUCGAUAUGUGAUAGGCCCUAAUGUGAAGACCAUCCUGCCUGCUGUGGCUGUUGGAGUGAGCCAGGAGGGCCCUGCAGGCCUUCCUCUGCAGGUUCUACCACCAGCCGCCCAACUGGCCCCCAUUUUUCCCAUGGAAAAGUCCUGGCCAGGAACACAAGUAGCAACCGUGGAAGGAGGUCCUGCCCAGAAGCCCUCUCAAGGUGACCUUGCCUGUGCUUCCAAGGGUGUUUAUGAGAACUAUCGUCGCUGGCAGCGCUACAAAGUCUUGGCCCGGACUCACCUAGCCCAGAGUCCUGAUGCAGAGGCUCUGUCCUGCUUUCUUAUCCCAGUGCUUCGUUCCCUGGCCCGACUGAAGCCUUCUAUGACCUUGGAGGAAGGACUGCCAAGGGCUCUGCAGGAGUGGGAGCACACCAGCAACUUUGACCGGAUGAUCUUUUACGAGAUGGCAGAGAAGUUCAUGGAGUUUGAGGCUGAGGAGGAGACACAGAUGCAGAAGGCACAGCUGCCGAAUGGGUCCCUGGGUCUGUCCCCUGCAGUCCCUUUGAAACUUGAUCUUCCAGGGCCUCUGGUCCCUGAGGCUUGCCAGCAGCCCGUGUACAUUCCGAAGAGGGCAGCUUCUAAGUCCCGGGCUCCCCGCCGGCGGCAGCGCAGACCCCAAAGGCCUCCCGCUCCUGAGGCACCCAAAGAGAUCCCACCAGAAGCUGUGCAAGAAUAUAUUGACAUCAUGGAAGGGCUGAUGGGGAGCCACGCGGACACUGGGAAGACAGAGGAGGAAGAGGGGCAACAGGAGGGUACAGGGACGUUUCCAGACCCAGGUCUUCUGAGCUACUUUGAUGAGCUGUGUUCUCAGGAAGUCUUUGUCUCCAAGGUGGAGGCGGUUAUCCACCCUCAGUUUCUGGCAGAUCUGCUGUCCCCAGAAGCACAGAGAGAUCCUUUGGCUUUAAUUGAGGAGCUAGAGCAAGAAGAAGGGCUUACUCUUGCCCAGCUGGUCCAGAAACGACUCUUGGCCUCGGAGGAGGAAGAUGCACAGGACCCGCCAAGCUGCAGUGGAGCUCAGUCUGACUCAAGUCCUCCUGUUUCUGAUGAAGACGAAGAUGGGGGUCGGAGGGGUCGGUCCUCACCUGGGCUUCAGGGGGGCGCUGCGGGCACUGUUCGCAUUGGAAAAUCUGCUUCUCCAGGCAAGCAGGCAAGAGAAAUGCAUGGUGGGCAGGAACCAGUGCUAGGUGGUCCAUGGGGGAUUCACAAGGAUGGGAACGUGCUGCCAUCCUCUAUCAGCUGGGACCUGCAGCUAGAGCUGGCAGCUUCACAGGGGAUGCAGGAACCCCUGGGGAUGGAGAGAGAAGGGUCUGGGAAAGCUAUAAAACAGCUACCUGCAACUCACGGUGGCGUCCUAGGAAGCACUGGGUCCUUUGAACACUACCCAGUAGCAGAUAGGAAUCCAGAGGCUUUACCUUUUUGUUGGCAAGAAGAUCCCCAACCCAUGAGAGCCCCCAGUUUGGGUGUUGGACUUGUAGAGCCAGUUCCUCUGCUAGGGCUUGGGUUAGAAAAGCAGGCCUUGGAGUUGCAGAUAGGACCACAGAUCGGGGGAGUUGGGGUGCUUACUCAAGGGAGAGAACUUUCAGCGGUGUCCCAGAAAGGCUCUUCAAGAGCCAUGUGGGGAGGUGACAGAGGUCCUGACAUGGUCCAGAGUUACGAUCAGAACCAUUCCCCUGGAGCAGAUGGCAACCUAGACAGCAUUUCUCUCAGCCCAGAACUGUGGCUGAGCAGUGACAUGGAUGCUGUGGGUGUGGAGUUGCCCUUAGAAAUCGAAACGGUCUUAGAUAGCAUCCAAGAUGAGACAUGUAUAAGGCAGGACCAGGCACUGGGUCCCCGAGACAGUGUUUCUCCAGGUCCUAGAAAAACCACAGUGCCCGAGAAUAUGGGGGUUGGUGAGGUUCCCUAUGGAGGCACAGAUGUGACAGCUGUCCUAGAACAGAGAAACCCCUGUAGCUUGCCAGGGUCUCUGAUGGCCAAUGGUCCAGCUUUGAGGUCCCAAGAAGAUCAAGAGCCGAGCCCUGGGACCAUACAGGAUCCUAGUGAUCUGUGGGAUGAAGCUUGCUCCCCAUUGCUGGAAGCACUUGACCCCUCCACACUUGGCUCUUCAAAAGACACCCCGAUAUCCACCUGCCAAGGCAAUCUCCUUAUCCUUGGGACCCAGGAUGCCUCCUCCUCUUCCCCCCAGGCUAGCCAAAAGGCAGAGAGCAGAGAUAAUCUACUUUUUCCUCUAUUGGAAAACAUAGAACAGGUCAACAUACUAGAUGUUAGAAAUGACAGUGGUCCCCAACCAGGGGUCAGUAAGGAUUCCUUCUCAUCAAAGUUUAAUUCUUAUAAUCUCCAAGGAGAGGGCAGGGAAGAUACUGUCUCCUCCAAACCUACGGACCUUGAUCCUUUACAAGACAGUCAAGAAUCUUAUACAUUCGAGGCUGCCAAGUCAACAUCUGGCCAGGGCCUGGGAAGCACUUCCCCUAGGUGGGGAACUAGGGGUGCUUUUGUUCUGAGAGAAAUCCCUAUUAGAGAAACACACAACUCAGUAGAUAGGGCAAAAGGAAGUGAGAAAGAAGAGGAGGAGGGGGAGGAAGAGCUUAGCCUCUCUUCAGGAGGGCUUCCUUGUCAUCCCUCUCGAGGUCAGGGAGUCUCGAAAACAUCCCACCUCUCUACUCAAGUAGAUGACUGUGGUCAACCUUCAUCCCCUUCUGGGAUGCAAGCCCUAGUUGGGGGCCCAGCUACUGAUGUAGAGCGACCCCAGCUCAGAGCUCAGCUUGAUGGUUCAGGGCAGAAGCCCCUUACCCUGGAAUUGGUGCAGCUCCCACAGCCUCGUAAAAGGCGGCGUGACAGUUUAGUCACAAGCAAAAGGAAGAAACGCCGUCGUAGCCACUAG